AUGGGAGCCCAAGGUAGUCGUGUGGAUUUCAAGCAAGCCGUUCUGGAUUUGACAUCAAAGCCGGGCAAGGACGAUGAACAAUUCUGGGACCAAGCCUGGUGGCCGGAUACCGUCAACGACAUUUUUGCCAUGAUUCCUGGAGAAGACAUUCGCAAACUUCGAGAUGAAUCUCCGAAAAACUUGGCCACACUGGUUUACAAAGCAGUUGAGAAAAUCCAGUUUUCCAGGCAUCACCCAGCAAAUAUAGAUCAGAAGAAGGUGAUCAACGCUAUCCGGCUCCUUACCAGAAUAACCCCUUACAUGUUGGAAGAUGCCGAGUGGAGAGGCUACUUCUGGUCGCCGAUACCUCACGGAGAUUCGACGAAACCACUAGCAGCGGUGCUACUUGAAAACUUAUCCGACCUUCUGUUCUGCCCUGAGUUCACAAUUUCACAUUCCAAUGGAUUGAAGGUCAAUGAUCUCUCUACAAUCGAUUCAUGCGAAUAUAUCUGGGAAGCCGGUGUGGGAUCUGGAAACAAGCCACCUAUGGUGGCGCUUCACUAUCAAAAUCGGUCAGAGAUUCUCAAACUGCUUUUGACUUGCUUCUCAGAGGUCAUAUAUGCUCCUGUGUCAGAUGAGAAUCGCCUGCGAUGGAUCUGUCACUUCACCGCUGUCACCAACCCACACGUACUUCCGAUCUUCACAUCCUUACUCAACAUUGUUUGCGCUUAUGAUCCAGUUGGAUAUGGUCUCCCGUACAACUACUUGCUCUUCAAUGACUCCAGAGAGCCUCUGGUAGAAAUCGCUCUCCAGGUGUUGAUUGUGUGCUUGGACAAGGAGAGUCAACCGAAAACCGAUGAUUCUGGUUACCAAGACAACUAUUUCAUCAACUAUUUGAGCAGAAUUCACCGAGAAGAGGAUUUCGACUUUAUGUUGAAGGGGAUCACUCGUCUUCUGAGCAACCCAAUUCACUCCUCGUCUUCCUACCUGCCAAACUCCACCAAAAAGGUUAAUUUCCACCAAGAACUGCUGGUUCUCCUCUGGAAAUGUUGUGAGUUCAAUCAGAAAUUCAUGUUCUACGUGCUCAAGACAUCUGAUGUGCUCGAUAUUUUGGUACCAAUCCUCUAUCACAUUUCGGACGCGCGUAAUGACUCCGCUCGAGUCGGAUUAAUCCACAUGGGAGUGUUUAUUAUUCUACUUCUCAGUGGCGAACGUAAUUUUGGUGUUCGACUCAACAAGCCGUAUACAGCAAAAGCCAAUAUCAAUAUACAGACUUUUACUGGGACACAUGCGGAUUUAUUGAUUUUGGUCUUCCACAAGCUCAUCACAACUGGAAACUACCGACUCCAGUCCCUUUUUGAUUGUUUCUUGACGAUCAUGGUCAAUGUGUCUCCAUAUAUGAAAUCGCUAUCAAUGGUGGCCGCAAACAAACUCGUUCAUCUCGUCGAAGCAUUCUCGACUCCGUGGUUCCUCUUCUCCUCUCCCACCAAUCCUCAACUGGUUUUCUCGCUGCUUGAAGUGUUCAACAAUGUCAUUCAAUACCAAUUUGAUGGAAACUCAAAUCUAAUCUACACCAUCAUCAGAAAGAGAAAUGUGUUCUACCAGUUGUCGAAUCUCUCUGUUGAUUCGGCUUCUAUUGCAAAAACAUUGUCUGGACGGAAGAGUAAAUCUGCCAAUCGAGAUGAAAUGGUUGACCAACUAAAAAGCCCAACGACCGCCAAUCCACCAGAGUUCCCAGCAGCCGGUGCUUCUUCGUCAACACCACCUGCAAGUAGUGGACCAAGUACAACAGCUGGACUGGCCGCCACACCUGCACUAGCAAGUAUGACUGGAAACGUUGGAAAUUGGGAAGAAAAGCCCGAGUCUCAAGAAGAAGAAUGGAUUGCAACUCAAGAAUGGGCAGAGGCGUGGAAGUCGAAAUUGCCACUUCAGACGAUCAUGAGACUUCUUCAAGUUUUGGUUCCACAGGUCGAGAAGAUAUGCAUUGAUAAAGGUCUCACCGACGAAAGCGAAAUUCUCAAAUUCCUCCAACACGGAACUCUCGUCGGACUUCUUCCGGUUCCACACCCAAUCGUUAUCCGCCGCUACCAAACCAACGUUGGCACUAACCACUGGUUCCGUAUCUACAUGUGGGGUGUGAUUUAUCUUAGAAACACACAACCACCGAUUUGGUAUGACACCGAUGUGAAACUCUUCGAGAUUCAACGAGCGUGA